AUGUCAAACUACACACCUUCUCGUUCAUCAGAGGAGAACAAUCCGGUCAAGAUGAGGCUUGUUUACUUUAGCAACGAAUUUCCGUACGAUGACUUGCAGACGCUGUUCCGAGAGCUCCAUCAGCACAGCAAACGCAGAGAUCAUCCCAUCCUAGCCCUCUUCUUGCAAGAAGCCACACUCGCGCUGCGCGAUGAAGUGCGGCAGUUGCCAGCCGAAACUCGAGCACUAAUUCCACCUUUCGAAUCUAUCCUGAACUUUGCAGAUUUCUCGGAGCUGCGGAAGGGACCUCUGAGCGGAUCUAUUGACGGUAUACUUCUGUGCACGGUCGAGCUUGGAGCACUUGUUGGUCAUUAUGAACGAUGUCCGGAAGACUUUGACCAUAGCAGCUCAGCCACGGUCCUGACAGGCCUGGGAAUGGGUCUUUUGGCUUCGGCAGCGCUUGCAUUAUCAUCGACCGUUGCAGACCUCCCCUUGGCCGGCGCGCAGGUCAUACGUCAGGCUUUCCGUCUCGGUGUUAUGGUUGACGAAGUUUCACAACACCUCCAGCCUCGCAACGAGGAAGCCGGCGGACAUCCAGAUUCCUGGGCGUACGUUCUGCCAGAUACGACUGCAGAGCAAGCACAGAAGGCGCUAGAAGAACUUCAAAAAGUACAGAGUACGCCUGAGGCAAGCAAGAUCUUUCUCAGCGCGGUGAGCGCGGCAUCAGUCACAGUCAGCGGACCACCCGCACGGCUCAAGGCCCUCUUCACAGCCGCGGAUUUCUUCCGCGACCGCAAGCACAUCGCUCUCCCUGUGUACAGCGGGCUGUGCCACGCAGGCCACAUCUAUGGCGAGGAGAACGUGACUUGGGUCGUGCGUACCCCGUCGGUGCAGCAGCUGGAUGGACGGCUGUCCCCACGCCUGCCUGUCCUCUCCACUAGUACGGGGCGGCCUUUCGAGCCCCGGCCCAGGAGCGCCGCUGAGCUAUUUGAGCACGUUAUUCGGGAGAUCCUCACCAAGAAGAUUGAGUGGGACAACACGGUGCAGAACGUGGUCGAGCGGGCACAGAACAUGGAGGUAUCGCAGUGCCAGGUGCUUGACUUUCGCGUCUCGCUGCCCAUCAAGGACCUGACAACCUCUCUAGCCAACAAGGCUCCCGAUGUGGAGGUGUGCACCAAGGAGGUCAUCUCCUGGAUCCACGACAAGGCUGGUCUUGUGGAUACGGAUCCAAGAGGCCCGUUGCAGUCCAAGAUCGCUAUUGUUGGUAUGUCGUGCAGGCUGCCCGGCGGCGCCACCGAUACGGAGAAGUUUUGGGAGGUGCUGGAGAGCGGACUGGACGUUCACCGCAAGAUCCCUGCCGACAGGUUCGAUGUCGACUCCCAUUACGACCCUACUGGCAAGCGUGUCAACACUAGUCACACGCCAUAUGGCUGCUUUAUUGACGAGCCUGGCCUGUUCGACGCACCUUUCUUCAACAUGUCUCCGCGUGAGGCGCAGCAGACAGACCCAAUGCAACGACUUGCGAUAGUCACAGCGUAUGAGGCCCUGGAGAGGAGCGGCUAUGCGUCCACAAAUUUGCAUCGUAUUGGCACAUUCUACGGCCAAGCCAGCGACGACUACCGUGAAGUGAACACCGCUCAGGAAAUCAGCACGUAUUUCAUUCCGGGCGGGUGUCGUGCUUUUGGCCCUGGCCGUAUCAAUUAUUUUUUCAAGUUCUCGGGACCUAGCUAUAGCAUCGACACCGCGUGUUCUUCAAGCUUGUCAGCCAUCCAGACUGCUUGCACGUCGCUUUGGAAUGGCGAUAUCGACAUGGCUGUGGCCGGUGGCACUAACGUGCUGACCAACUCGGACGCUUUCGCUGGUCUCAGUCACGGUCACUUCUUGUCCAAGACGCCGAACGCCUGUAAGACGUGGGACUCUGAGGCCGAUGGCUAUUGCCGCGCCGAUGCUGUAGGGUCUCUUGUCAUGAAGCGGCUGGAAGACGCUGUUUCAGACAACGACAAUAUCUUGGGCGUAAUAACAGCGGCUGGUACAAACCACUCGGCCGAGGCCGUAUCGAUCACCCACCCACAUGCAGGUCAUCAGGCAUAUCUUGCCCAACAGUCGCUUAGCCGAGCAGGCAUCAGCCCGCUGGAUGUGAAUUACGUCGAGUUGCAUGGAACGGGCACCCAAGCGGGUGACGCUGAAGAAAUUCAGUCCGUCACGGAUGUCUUUGCACCUCUGACCACGAGCGCCGUUGGCACAAAACGCCGUGGCGCUCAGAACCCCUUGUACAUUGGUGCCGUCAAGUCCAACGUGGGCCACAGCGAGGCAGGAGCAGGUGUUACUGCACUAAUGAAAGUCCUGCUGAUGCUCCAGAAAAACGCGAUUCCGCCCCAUAUCGGCAUCAAGGGCACCAUCAACCCCAGGUUUAAGGAUCUGGAUAAGAGGAACGUCCGGAUCGCGUUCGAAAAAACCUCAUGGCUUCGCCCAGCGGACAAGAAGCGAGUCGCAGUGGUGAACAACUUCAGUGCGGCGGGUGGCAACACAACAAUAAUUCUGGAGGACGCACCGCUGCGUGAUAACUCUGCCAUCGGAACCGACCCUCGUCUGACCCAUGUUGUGGCAGUGAGCGCCAAGAGCAAGAUAUCUCUCCGGGAGAAUUUGACGCGCAUGCUGGCAUACCUGGAUGUCAAUGCUGACACCACCAGCCUAGCGGACUUCUCCUACUCCCUCACGGCGCGUCGCUACCACCACAACCACCGUGUUGCCUUCGCGGCUUCCGAUUUCGACCAGGUAAAGAAGCAGUUGACUAGUGCUCUUGCGAACGUUGAGUCGCACAAGCCCAUCCCGACGAAUGGACCUGCCCCGAUCGCAUUUUCGUUCACGGGCCAAGGGGCGUCCUUCAAAUCGUACAAUCUCGAGCUUUACCAAGACGUUUCGUCAUUCCGCUCUGAAAUCCAGCGUCUCGAUGCCAUCGCUCAGCGCCAAGGUUUCCCGUCGUUCGUUCCCGUGCUGGAUGGAAGCCAUGACAGGGACUACCAGCACAGCGCCGUAAUGACACAGCUGGCCCAGGUCUGCUCCCAGAUCGCCCUCGCCAAAUACCUCGGGACUCUUGGUAUCCGGCCUAACGUGGUCAUCGGUCACAGCUUGGGUGAAUACGCUGCUUUGCACGUGGCCGGAGUCUUGUCCGCAAGCGACACGAUCUUCCUCGUGGGCCAGCGGGCGCAGAUGCUGUCCGAGAAAUGCACGCCCGGAAGCCACAAGAUGGUUGCCGUACGCGCUUCCCUGCAGCAGAUCCGGGAGUGCAUAGGUGAUGGUCAAGGCGACAAGACUUACGCUUACGAGAUCGCAUGUAUCAACAGCCCCAAGGAUACGGUGUUGAGCGGCUCGUCCGAGGACAUGAAGGCGGUCGCGGAGGCGUUGGAGAAAGGUGGCUUCAAGUGCUUCAACCUUGAUGUGGCCUUCGCCUUCCACUCCGCGCAAACAGACCCCGUGCUCGAGGGUUUUGAGGCCGCCGCCGCCGGUGUCGUUUUCCAGCCGCUGCAGAUCCCCGUCAUCUCGCCGCUGCUGAAUAAGGUUGUUUUCGACGACAAGACACUGAACGCCGCGUACCUGCGUCGUGCCACGCGCGAGACGGUCAAUUUCCUUGGCGCUCUCGAGACGGCGCACAAGAUCGGCACCCUAGAAGAUGACACGACUUGGGUCGAGAUCGGCCCGCACCCCGUGUGCACGGGGUUCGUGCGGUCUUCUCUCCCCGGGGGCCCGCCACCUAUCGCCGUGCCCACUUUGCGCCGCGGCGAGAGCGCCUGGCAGACGCUGGCGCCCGCCCUGGCUACGCUUCACUGCGCCGGCGUUCGUGUCGACUGGCAGGAGCUGCACGCGCCGUUCGAGCGUGCGGGUGCUCUCCGCCUGCUGGACCUGCCCACGUACGCGUGGAAUGAGAAGAACCAUUGGAUCCAGUACAACGGUGACUGGGCGUUGACGAAGGGAAAUACCUUCUAUGACGCGGAGAAGAAGGCUUUGGCCGCGGCCUCGGGGGCUUCCAACGGCGGGCUGCCCAGACCUGUGUCGAGCCUGAGUACGUCGUCGGUACAGCGCAUCGUGGAGGAGAGUUUCGAUGGCGCGUCUGGUUAUGUGACCAUGCAGUCCGAUUUGAUGCAGCCUGACUUCCGUGCUGCGGCUUGGGGUCACAAGAUGAAUGGCUGCGGCGUUGUUACCUCUUCCAUCCACGCUGAUAUCGCCUAUACUCUCGGUGAAUACCUCUACAAGAAGCUCAAGCCUAGCAGCAAGCAGGUGCUCAUCAACAUCUCCAACUUGGAGGUGCUGAAGGGCCUGGUCGCCAAUAAUGACAAGACUAAACCGCAAUUGAUCCAAGUCACCGUGUCCACGCCCAAUGUCCACAGCAACACGGCCGAGCUGAAGUGGUACAACGUGCAACCAGACGGCUCCGUGGCCGAAGAUUUCUUCGCAAGUGCCACACUUGGUUUUGCCGAAGACCCCGCGGGCUGGCUCAACUCGUGGACACCGAUGCUGCACUUCGUCGAGGGCCGUAUCCAGGACUUGGAGCGCCUCGCAUCAGAGGGCACAGCCAGCCGGCUCAGCCACAGCAUGGCGUACCAGAUGUUCGGGGCAAACCUCGUCGACUACGCGCCCAAAUACCGCGGCAUGCAGACUGUUGUUCUGCACGGCCUUGAGGCCUUCGCCGACAUCGAGCUCGUCUCCGAGACGUCCGGAUCAUGGACUGUUCCGCCGCACUUCAUCGAUAGCGUCGCCCAUCUUGCAGGCUUCGUCAUGAAUGUGUCAGAUGCCAUUGACACUAGGGCUAACUUCUGCGUCACGCCCGGCUGGGAGUCGAUGCGCUUUGCCCGCCCGCUUACCCCUGGAGCCCGCUUCCGCUCUUAUGUCCGCAUGAUCCCCACGCCCGCAGACCCAACUGUUUAUUUGGGCGACGUCUACAUCCUGCAGGACCACGAAAUCGUAGGUGUCGUCGGCGCCAUCCAGUUCCGCCGCUACCCGCGCAUCCUGCUCAGCCGCUUCUUCUCCGCGCCCGAUGACACCCGGGCACCGCCUGUGGCAGCGGCAACCUCAUCGGCCGCUGUGGCAGCCAAGCCAGUGAAGGCUGUUGCAGCCGAGGCUCCCAAGGCCCCCGUAGUUGUCCCCCAGCCGGUGGCAGCGGUGGCCUCAACUGCCAGCAAAGCGAUUGCUGCCGCUGCUGCUGCCGUAGUCAGCGAUGCGGCAGCCACCACAGGGGACGCUGCUCAAGCCGAAGCUGCCGAUGAGAAUUCGACAACGGCGAGAGCGCUCCGCAUCAUCGCCGACGAAGCGGCUCUCGAACUUGCUGAGCUCGUCAAUGACGCAAGCUUCGCCAACCUGGGAGUGGACUCGCUCAUGAGUUUGGUGAUUGCCGAGAAAUUCCGUGAGCAGCUUAAUGUUGUCGUUUCAGGCAGCCUGUUCUUGGAAUACCCUACUAUUGGGGACUUGCGGGCCUGGUUAGAGGAGUACUACAACUAA